AUGGCAAAAAAAAAUUUGUCAUUAAUGAAGCGUACAUCGAAACGGGGGAUGUCCCGGCCAUCACAAACAUCAGUGGACUCGAAUGAUGAGACGCUGUCGUCACUUUCACCUUUACAUAUGAAAACACCUUUCAGUUAUCCACCCUUGGAUUCAUUUUCAAAACUGUACGUACCUAUGGGACGACUAGAUUUAGAAUGGCAGCCAACAGCCGCAGCUGUGUUUAAAAUGCUAUUUUCAUUUCGAAUUUCCGCAGCAAUGUGGAGUACAAUAAGCGACUGUGAUGAAGUAUACAAUUAUUGGGAGCCUCUUCAUUUAUUUCUUUAUGGUACUGGUUUUCAAACUUGGGAAUACUCACCACUAUAUGCCAUACGGUCUUAUUUAUACAUUCUCCUGCAUUAUGGACCUGCUGCAUUGCUUAAGCGAGUUUUUUUGAGCAACAAAGUAGGAGUCUUUAUUACGAUGCGCUGUGUUUUAGGAUUGUUUAACGUUGCUGCUGAAAUAGCCAUGUAUAAAGCACUUUGUUCGCGGUUCGGAAACGGUAUUGCUAGGAUUUAUGUUGCAUUGACAACAUUUUCGAGCGGAAUGUUCAUAGCAAGUUGUGCAUUUCUCCCAUCAUCAUUCAGCAUGUCAGCAAAUUUGUUUGUCGCGAUAGCUUUCACUGCAUUGAGCACUUUGAUUGGUUGGCCAUUUGCAGCUAUUCUUGGUUUACCAAUACUGAUCGAUGUUUUGAUUAUACGGCCUCGGGAAUUAGCGUUCAUGUUUUGUAACUACGCAAUUUUUUCUGGAGCAAUAUUUGUGGUUGCUUUAGUGACGGUUGAUUCGUAUUAUUUUGGUCGAAUUGUCUUGGCUCCUCUGAAUAUCGUUUUGUAUAAUGUGUUUUCAACGCAUGGUCCAAAUCUGUAUGGUGUUGAGGAUAUGAAAUUCUACAUAAAAAAUUUAUUGCUUAAUUGGAAUAUUGUUGUUUUCUUGUUUCCGUUAGCUAUUCCGUUUGCCGGGCUAGCUUAUGUUUGGACACGGUCUUCAAAACUAGAGUAUUCACUAGUUCAAGUUAUGUCAUUCAAUUACUGGAAGCGAUUUUUACCCAUUGUUUUCAUAUUUCUCUCAGUUCUCUCAUGGUGCAUUGUGUUUUUCUGCCAGCCACAUAAGGAAGAACGAUUUUUAUUCCCAGUUUAUCCUCUCCUAGCUGUAUUAGCAGCAAUAACUCUUGAUGCCUUGCCUCGCAUUGGUAUCUUCCUGUUCGGGGAAGGAUCGCGAAAAUUUUGGAAGCUGUUUGUUAUCGCGAUAUUGUUCGUUUUUGCUCUUUUGUCAUUUUCUCGUUCAAUUGCUCUUUAUCGUAACUUUUCCGCUCCAAUGGAAAUUUAUAAAGUUUUGAAUGAAAAUAUUGUCGAUUAUGCCAACCGAAGUGAUUUAUAUAAAUUCAAAAACGACAGCUUUGUAAUACGUGUUUGUGUCGGUAAAGAAUGGUAUCGAUUUCCUUCUUCAUUCUUUCUACCACUUGAAGUAAAAGACGAUAAGGGUCAAGUAUUUACCACAGAAUUAAAUUUCAUCAAAAGCGAAUAUUCUGGCUUGCUUCCAAAACCGUUUAUGAAAGGUCUGCUGCCAGAAAUUACACGUGUUAUUCCAGAUGAAAUGAAUGAUCUCAACCAAGAAGAAGCCACUCGAUAUAUCGGUCUUGAGGAGUGCAAUUUUUUGAUUGACUUAGAAACGAUAACUAUUUGGCGUUCAGUUGUGAAGAAGAAGUUUUUGUUGUCUCAUUAUUCGCAUCCAGUAUUUCGUGCAUUCUAUAUCCCUUUCAUUACUGGUUCGAGAAAUGUUUAUGGUGAUUAUCAUCUUCUUGAAAAAAUCCGUGUAUCUGAUAUUUAG